AUGGGAGGUGGAGCGGUUCCAGCUGUUCUUGCGCCUCGUGGCGGACCCGAACAGGGCGCCGGACCGCGGGGAGGUCUACCUCAGCGAAUGCUUCCGCCACGUGCUCGCCGCAGUCGCCUCUUUCCCGUCGGUUUCAUCAUCGACGACGCGUUCUUCUUUCGUGUUCUCGGACAUCUGGAGCGCGAAGACUUCGAGAGGACACCCACAGUGAACUUACUGGCUGCGUGUUGCGAAGCGUUCGACGUCGACCUGCAGCAGUACUUCCAGCUGCUGGAGGAGAAGGGAGCCCCGCUGCUGGCGCCCGCGGCCAACGCCGAGGGGGCGGAGCGCUGGGAGGAGUGGGCUCCCUGGGACGGAGUAAAGCUGAGGCCCGUCAUGGCGGACGGGGGCAGCUUCGCCGCGCCCCUCGAGCUCGGCGCCGCCAGCGACGGGUCUGACGAUCCGCCAGAUCUUCCAGAUGAUCCGCUGCCCUUUCGACCAAUUGUCAGGCAGGAGACGCCAGCUUCAUCGUCAGUCUCGCGUGCGGACCCGCUCUCGCAGAUUAUCGCCGCCGUUGCGAUGGACUCGGCCCUCCUCGCUACGUCAGCACGCGGCCCCGCGGGCUGGGCAACGGCGGCGGCCAGCGCCACGAGCCCGAGGAGCCCGCCGCGCCAGACGGGGCCCCUUCCGAGCCUGCGGGCGCGGGGGCGCCGCGGGGCGCCG